AGCCGGUACCGCCACCGGUACCGUCGCGAUCUCCGCCGGCAGCGGGAAGAGGAACAACUGGAAAGUGAAACUAAGCUUGCUGUGUUUAAAUAAAAAGCAGACUGAGAACAUGGAGCUGGAACAGGGAUCGGAGCAAGUUUAUGCCUUAGAAGACUAUGGAGAGCAUCCUGUUUGUAUUUAAUUGACACUGAAAAAAACCUCAGUCAGCACAGUCAGAUCCCUUGCGUCCACUGUUGGCUCUCAAAGGUUACUAAAAUUUUAGCAGCUGCUGUGAACCAGACCUAACCUUCACGUGCUGUUGCUUCUCCCCACACCCCACUGUGCUGCUGCUUUGCUCUUGCCUGCUUCAGAACUUCAUAAGAGAGUUUCUUUUUUAAAUAGCCACAAUGAAACUUAGGCUAGAAGUGUGUACCAUUCUUUUGCUGCCUGUGUACUUGUUAAUCUCCUUGUACAGUAUGCUGGUAUUUAUUCCGUGGUAUUUUCUUACCAAUGCUAAGAAGAAAAAGGCUAUGGCAAAACGGUUAAAAGCCAAACCCAUCUCGGACAAACCUGGGAGCCCCUACCGCUCUGUCACUCAUCUGGACUCACUAGCAAACAUCAACAUUCCUGGAGCAGACACCUUGGACAAGCUGUUUGACCAUGCUCUUGCAAAGUUUGGGAAGAAGGACUGUCUUGGAACCAGAGAAAUACUGAGUGAAGAAAAUGAAAUGCAACCAAACGGAAAAGUCUUCAAAAAGUUAAUUUUAGGAACUUACAGAUGGUUAUCCUAUGAAGAAGUAAAUGAGAAAAUGACUCGCCUGGGGAGUGGACUGACAGCCCUGGGUCUGACCCCCAAGAGUACUGUUGUCAUAUUCUGUGAGACCCGAGCAGAAUGGAUGAUUGUAGCUCUGACCUGCUUCAAGUACAACUUCCCUCUUGUCACUCUCUAUGCCACCCUGGGUGAAGAGGCAGUGACCUAUGGCCUCAACGAGUGUGGAGCAUCAUAUCUGGUCACGAGUGUGGAACUUCUUGAGAGCAAACUUAAGACUGCACUACCACAAGUCUCCUGUCUGAAACAUAUCAUUUAUGUGGACAAGAAGACUAUCAAUAAAUCAGAAUACCCUGAAAACGUGGAGAUCCAUAGUAUGCAGACAGUGGAAGAGCUGGGAGCCAAACCAGAAAACUCAAGUAUUCUGCCAAGCAGACCUGUUCCUACAGACUUGGCUUUAGUAAUGUACACCAGUGGCUCUACUGGAAGACCCAAAGGAGUGAUGAUGCAGCAUAAAAACUUAAUAGCUGGAAUGACAGGACAGUGUGAGAGGAUACCUGGACUGGGCCCCAAGGACACUUACAUUGGUUACUUGCCUCUGGCCCAUGUGUUAGAACUGACAGCAGAAGUUUCCUGCAUCACGUACGGCUGCAGGAUCGGAUAUUCCUCUCCACUCACUCUCUCGGAUCAGUCAAGUAAAAUUAAGAAGGGAAGCAAAGGAGACUGCACUGUACUUAAGCCUACACUGAUGGCAGCUGUGCCUGAAAUAAUGGACAGAAUUUAUAAAAAUGUCAUGAGUAAAGUUCAAGAGAUGAACUAUAUCCAGAGAACUCUGUUCAAGAUAGGCUAUGACUACAAAUUGGAACAGAUCAAGAGGGGAUACGAUGCACCUCUGUGUAACAUACUAUUGUUUAAAAAAGUAAAGGCCCUGCUGGGAGGGAACGUCCGUAUGAUGCUCUCUGGAGGAGCACCACUCUCACCUCAAACACAAAGAUUCAUGAACAUCUGUUUUUGCUGUCCUGUUGGUCAAGGCUAUGGACUAACAGAAACUUGUGGAGCUGGAACCAUUACAGAAGUUGCUGAUUACAGCACUGGCAGAGUUGGAGCUCCUCUUAUUUGCUGUGAAAUAAAACUGAGAGAUUGGCAAGAAGGGGGUUAUACUAAUAAAGACAAGCCUAAUCCUAGAGGAGAAAUUGUAAUUGGUGGACCUAAUGUCUCAAUGGGAUACUUUAAAAAUGAAGAGAAGACAACAGAAGAGUUUUCCAUUGAUGAGAACGGUCAGAGAUGGUUCUGUACAGGAGACAUCGGGGAAUUCCAUCCCGAUGGGUGUCUGCAGAUCAUAGAUCGUAAGAAAGACCUGGUAAAGCUACAAGCAGGAGAAUAUGUAUCUCUGGGCAAAGUAGAGGCAGCACUGAAGAACUGUCCAUUGAUUGACAAUAUCUGUGCUUAUGCCAAAAGUGACCAGUCUUACGUGAUCAGUUUUGUGGUUCCUAAUCAGAAGAGGCUGAUGGCUUUGGCUGAGCAGAAAGGCAUCAGUGGAACCUGGGUGGACAUUUGUAACAAUCCGACGAUGGAAGCGGAAAUACUGCGAGAGAUUAAAGAAGUAGCAAACAAGAUGAAAUUAGAAAGGUUUGAAAUACCCAUCAAAGUACGGCUAAGCCCUGAACCCUGGACCCCAGAGACUGGCUUGGUAACAGAUGCUUUCAAGCUGAAAAGGAAAGAACUGAAAAACCAUUACCUCAAUGACAUCGAAAGAAUGUACGGAGGCAAAUAAAGCAGCUCUGUUGGCCAGGCAGUUGUGCAGAUGGUUCUUCUCAUGCCUCAGUUCUGGAUGUCUGUGUAUACUGUAGAUAUCACGCAUUCAAAAAACACACCAAAUAGGUGACUUUCUGUAAUCUCUAUCGAGUAAAACAGAAUAUCUUAGACUCCAAGUUCGUAAUUAUUAGAGAUUAGACACUGAUGGUCUCCAUAGAGUUUCAUGUGAUAAUCUCCAGUUUCAAGACAGACAUCAUUAUGUGAAGCAGUAUGACCAGGUAAUUUUAUUAUUAUUGUUUCUCUAGCAUAUUCAGACUGCUUGCAACUUCUGUUUAACUCAUGCUGAAGUAUGAUCUAUGUUUCAAAGAGUUAAAAAUAAUGUGAUUGUGGUGAUUCUUCUGUCAUAAUAAGACACUUAGCAAAGGAGGAAAGAGGAGUAUCUAAUGUCUACCCUUCUCCAUUUAAAAACAAAACCAACAACAUUAGUCAAGAACUUGCUAGAGAUCACUAAUAACACUGCUUAAGAAUGGAUGGGUUCCUCUGCACAUCAGUAUCUUGAUUAUUUACAGUGCCUACAACAGAAUAUAAAGUACACUUACUGAAAUAAAGGUGAACUGAAAAGCUUUCUAAAAACAAGUUAUAUGAAAUUUCAUUCAAGAGCAUUGAACUAACUGUUUCAACUCCCAACUCACCAAACAGAUUUUACUCGCCGCUGUAUUUUAAUUCAAGCAGAGCUUUCCACUGGGACACAGCGUAGAAGAAAACAAAGACUUGUGCUGCUACAGGGGGUACUGAUGAGAAAUCAGUGCCCAAGUGCAGGAUGCAAAACUUGCAUCUCAACUGGCAAACAGCAGUGAAACUGAGGGCAGUGGUCUCUAAACAGACUUGAAACUCAGAGGAGUUGUGGUGGGUUUUAUUGAGAGGUGGUUGGUGGUUUUGUUUUCAAGGCACCGAUCCUCUAGACCUUCACAUGCAUGUGAGUAAUGGUACAGGUCACCUGUACAGAAUUUAGAGGCUCAGGCUUUAAAGGUCUGUCUUUGCUUUAUGGAAAGGUAUUUCUGUUCACCUUUUAGCUAUGGUAAGCUUAACAAGGCAACCAGAAACCAACUGUAGUUUCCCUGUCUAGCGUUGUUUUACUUACAGAAAAGUAAUUUGUGGCUAGGGAAUUUUUGUUUUAUGGAACUUGUAAAAAGGGACAAAUCACUCUUUACAGAAAUUCAUUACAAAAAUGUUCUCUUAUUAACUGGAAGUCAUAGAUGUAAAAGAGUGGGAAGAUAUAAUUUAAUAAUACUUCAUCAUUUUUUGUGCCGAAUCCUGUACUGUGUCUUCUUUUGAAUUGUAACUGAGCUCCUGCAUCCCUGCCAGCUCUUCACACUUGAACCAUAAGUGCUGUAAAAAGUGAAGGCUCUUGAUACUCUUCUACUUUGCACUUUCUUAGUUGUUUUAUAUAUGUUGCUUACAUUUUGUACAGCUGUGGCCCUCAACUGCUAUAUAUUACAAAUGCACUUGAAAGUAUAUAUAGAUUUCUAUUCAUAAUAUUUGUGUUGUGUAUAUGAUGGUUAAAAAGAAAAACUAUUUGGUAUUGUCACUGUACAGAAAGUAAAAGAUUUUGUACAACGCUUCUCGAACACAUGAGCUUGUAACUUCAGGGCAAGGUUUUUUUCUUUCAUUGCAUGUAUGUGUAUUUUUCUUUUUUCCAGUUAAAAUAGACUUUGGCAAAAAUAAAUCAUGGCUAUAUACUCCUCAGCUAAAUCAUCCCUCCUCCUGGGGACCAACUUGAAACUUCCCAAUGCAUAACUUUCUCUGCCUAGACCAGAACACUGCCAGCUCAUCUUCCAAGAACCCCGAGGGGAAAGAGGAAAAGAAAACGGUAUAUAAAGCUGACUGUAUCUCGUUGUGCAUGGAACUACAAGAGUCACUAAAAGGAACAAGGAAGUAGCUUUUCUAAAAAAAUUAAAUUAUUAUUUUUUUUUAAGACACAUACAGUUGGUUUACAACAACAGGAAGUACUUCCCAUAUCAGUAGCAACUUUUCAAAUUACUUGGUCCUGGAGCCAGGUUACCAAUUUUUCUGUGUUAAAACAUGGUCACUAUUAAAUAGCCUUUAGUCAGCCUGUCAGCAUCACAAAAGUGAAGUACAUAUGAAAAAGAUACUUGCACUUGAGUCUGUCAGGAGGCUAUAAGACUUUUUGUUUUUAAAGCCAUGAAUGUAUUUAUAUGAAAUGUAUUUUAUCUUCUGUGUCUUGGUUGACUGAGGAUUGCUAUUUUAAAAAAUAUACAUACACAAUGUUAACAUUUCAAAAAUGGAAUACAACUUAAAUGGUUCAACAAGUCUGUGUUCUGGAAGAUCUUUCUGUAUUGCACAAGUUGUCUCUAGUUACUGUUCUGUGCCUCCCAUUCUGUCUGAAACCAAGCCUAUCUUAGAAGGACUUCUCAAAAGCAGCAGCAAUGAGUACAUGCUACAGAUAUGAAAAACAAAGCCUCCAGGGGGCCUCAUUUUGCUUUUAAGGAAUGAACUAAAUAUGGACAUGCUGCAAAAGGCAAUUUGAUACACCAUCAGCUUUUCAAGCAUUUCUGGAGAAGGGAAAGGUUUACAUCAGGCUGCCUUCAAACAUGGGGUUGUUUGCAAAUAAAAUAACCUGCAGUUUGGAAAGAACUUUAACCUUCAUUUUAAUGAAUUCUGAAUCCUUUUUGUGACAGAGCUUGUGAAGAAAUAGAGGAUGAGCAAGAAUGUGUAAUUCUUGCCAUUAAAAAUAAGGAACUGGGAUGCAGAUGAAGGGAUAGUAAAUUCCUUUAAAACCAUUAUGUGAUAGUUGCUGUAUGCUGUGCUUGGCUGAAAGAACAUAGAACAUGGGACUGAAGUGUGAGGGAGAGGUUCACGUACUACACAUGAAGGUUCCAGAAUGCUCAGAGUAGCUGCAAGUUCUUCAGAAAGCAGGUUCAGAAUUUAAAAUUAUCCUCCUAAGACUGAGAAACAAAUUCAAAGAGAAACAAAAGCUAGUUUGGGCAUAUCCCAUAUAAGAUUCUGUUUAGGCCCCCUACCUCAAAAAACAUGUGGUAUCCAGAGAAAGACAGAGUAUAACUACCUUUUACAGUGGGACUAGAAAGCUUCAUCUAUGAAGGAAGGUUAUAGUUGAGUUUAAGUGGCCUGAAGAGGAACGGCACAUGAUGAGAUGAGUAACCUUCAACUCCAUGCAAUGUUACCCUAAUGGAGGUACAAAGAGCCAUGGCCACAGAAAGAGGAGGAACAGUUAAGUUUACACAGUCACAUUUACAAUUUGACACAGAACUUUAAAACAAUUCCUUACUAGAUACUGAACUAGCUGCCCAAGCUCUCUGCCAUUGAAAGUCUUCAGAGCCUCAAUGAAGGUUAAAUAAAGGCUUCUGAGAAACAGCUUUGGCACAGCCCCUUGGGUGGGGGCUGGCAGAAGAGUCCUGGUCCCUGUACAAAACACAGCAGUGAUGCUGCAUGUAACAGGGGUCAUUAAAUGGCUUGCAAGGGGAAAAGAAGUCUGAACAGGGACAGUAAUGAGUUAUUCCCUCAGGAGCAAGCGAGGUGAUGUUUAACCAGCUGGUGCACGUGUAGUGCCCAUGAUAACACUUGGAGCAUGACAGGAUGCAGAGCUCUGCCUGCCACCUACACCAGUGCUGAACUGCAGGGCUGUGAAAGGAACAGAACACGAGCUGAGAAUGUGGGUCACUAGUUUUCAGCCAACCCCCCCCCAGACCUACCACAUCCCAGAACUAUAGUUU